GCCGCCGCCGCUGGCGCCGGAACCAUAAAUAAGAGCAGAAAAGAGAGAGAGAAGGAGAAGGAACGAACGAAGCUACGAGAACGUCACCGGCGAGCAAUUACGAGCCGAAUGCUUGCUGGACUUCGUCAGUACGGGAAUUUUCCACUUCCUGUUCGUGCUGAUAUGAAUGAUGUCCUUGCUGCACUUGCUCGGCAAGCCGGUUGGACUGUUGAGCCUGAUGGUACCACCUUUAGACAAUCUCCUGCUCCUGCUCCGACUAAUGCUUCAAAUAUGGGGACUUAUCAGGUGAUGUCUGUUGAGAGCCCAGUUUCUGGCAGUUCCUUUAGAAAUUGCUCAACUAGAGCAUCUGUGGAUGGUCAGCCAUCAGUUCCAAGGAUCAAUGAGAGUUUAUCGCCCGCAUCUUUUGAUUCUAUUGUGGUCACAGAAAGUGAUACGAAGGUUGAUAAAUUCACAAGUACCAGUCCAAUGAAUUCUACAGGAUGUUUAGAGGCAGGCCAGCUCAUGCAAGAACUUCACUGUGGGGAGCAUGGAAGUAGUUUUGCAGAGACUCAAUACGUCCCUGUUUUUGUUAUGCUUUCUAGUGGUGUAAUCAACAAUUUCUGCCAGUUGAUGGAUCCUGAUGGUGUUAAACAGGAGUUGCAACAGCUGAAGUCCUUAAAAAUCGAUGGUGUUGUGGUAAAUUGCUGGUGGGGCAUCGUUGAAAGUUGGGUACCUCAAAAAUAUGAGUGGUCUGGCUACAGAGAAUUGUUCAAAAUAAUCCGUGAUUUCAAUAUGAAACUGCAGGUUGUAAUGGCAUUUCAUGAAAAUGGAGGAAGUGAUACCAGUGGCAUGUUCAUUUCCCUUCCUCAGUGGGUUCUGGAGAUAGGCAAAGACAAUCAGGAUAUAUUCUUCACAGAUCGUCAAGGAAGAAGGAACACUGAAUGCCUAUCCUGGGGCAUCGACAAAGAGCGAGUAUUAAGAGGUAGAACUGCCAUCGAGGUUUACUUUGAUUUGAUGAGAAGCUUCCGCACUGAAUUUGAUGACUUGUUCACUGAUGGUCUAAUUUCUGCUGUUGAAAUUGGACUUGGAGCUUCUGGGGAGCUAAAGUACCCUUCUUUUUCUGAAAGGAUGGGAUGGAGGUAUCCUGGUAUUGGUGAGUUUCAGUGCUAUGAUAAAUAUUCUCUGCAGAAUCUUCGAAAAGCUGCAACAUCAAGGGGACACUCUUUCUGGGCCAAGGGACCUGAUAAUGCUGGUUAUUACAAUUCUAAGCCACAUGAAACUGGAUUCUUCUGUGAGCGAGGUGAUUAUGAUAGCUACUAUGGGAGAUUUUUCCUCCAUUGGUAUAGACAGGUCUUAAUAGAUCAUGCUGAUAACGUUCUCACCCUGGCAACUCUUGCAUUUGAGGGGAUACAAAUUGUCGUGAAGAUUCCAGCAAUUUAUUGGUGGUACAGAACGAGCAGCCAUGCUGCAGAGCUCACAGCUGGAUAUUACAACCCAACGAACCAGGAUGGCUAUUCUCCAGUUUUUGAGGUUCUCAAAAAGCACUCUGUAACAAUAAAGUUUGUAAGUUCAGGGCUUCAGGUUCCAGAAACUGAUGACGCGUUGGCAGAUCCAGAAGGCUUGAGUUGGCAGAUCAUGAAUUCAGCAUGGGAUAAAGAGAUUAAUGUUGCUGGUAAUAAUGCAUUUCCAUGUUAUGAUAGAGAAGGAUUUAUGAGGCUGGUUGAGACUGCAAAGCCUAGAAAUGAUCCUGAUCGUCACCGUUUCUCUUUUUUUGCAUUUCAACAACCAUCGCCUUUGGUUCAGAGUGCAAUAUGUUUCUCGGAACUGGACUACUUCAUCAAAUGCAUGCAUGGAGAAAUCAACAAUGUGGAAUCUUAAGUCAUCAUAGAAUCUUUUCUUGAAAUGAAGAGGAUUUAUAUUUACUUCAAAACUUUUUCCUUGUACUUAUCCAAAUAUGUGUGUCAAUUUAUGUAAAUUGUAAAUGGAAUUCAGUUGAUUUAUACAUAAAAUUACACACUAAGUGACCA